CAGCAAGUCAUUGUUCGUCAUCUUCUCGUUCAGUGAACAUCAGUGGUAACUUUCUUCGUCUUGCGGAUUCUGUGAACUUUAGUGGUUCCUUUAUCAGUGAAAAUUUUAUCAAAUUGCAGCAUUAGCAAUUAUUUGGUGGGAAGUGAAAAUAUUUAAACGAUAAAUCGUGAAAGUUUGUUCUUAUCUAAUUGUAUAAUAAACCUUGAAAAAUAUGGCCGAGACCGACAAGAAAAUUGAUACCACCACCGAAACCGAAUCGGAAAACCCGAAGACUGACAACGAGCAUCAACGUAAGUUGAAUGUUGGGAACUUACCACAAGAUGUAACUGAGCAACAAUUGCGUGAUCACUUUAGCGGUCAUGAGAUUGAAAAGAUUGACAUUUUUCACUACCGGAAGUACACGAUUGCAUUGCUCUUGUUCAAAGACAAGGAGGCUGCGACCGCCGCUCUUUCGGCAGUGAAUGGAACUCUUUUCCGCAAUCGUCGACUUCGAAUUCAUUUGGAAUACAUCACGAUUCGCCACAUCAAGCGUGAAUUCGUCGUAACCGUAAUCGAUGAUGAAAAUUUAACGGAGGAGCAACUUUGGGACAAGGUGAAAGCAGCGGAAGUUGAACCAACAUCAGUUCUGAUUUUCUAUCCAUUAGGAUACAUUACCCUACAAAGGGAUACCGAUAAGCUCACUGCUAUGGAUAAGUUGAAAAAAGCAGGCUUCAACGUUCACGACGUAAAUCAGAGAGAUCAGAACCAACACUUGGACAUCUUGCGUGAAGCCAAGUUGUUCUACCGUAAUCGCAAUCGUGUACAACUGUUGAACAUCCCAACUCAAUGGAUUGAUGAUAAAGAGGAAAUGAAAAAACAAUGCGCUGAGGGUGGAACCAUUACUGAAGCUGUAUCUAACAAUGUCAAUCAGAACUCGUCCAACUAUGCUCGUAUUUUCUACGAAACCGAAGAACAAGCUGUUAAGGCUACUAAAGCGUUGAACGGUCGUUUGGUCGAUGGUAAGCGUAUUCACGCUAUUCAUCUAGGAUCUGCUUUGAUUCCUAACUACAAAACUUCGGUUUACGUUAGUCCUUUGGAAAAACCGGUUACUGAAGAACAGGUUUAUGAUCAUUUUAAACAAUUUGGUGAAAUUGAUUUUGUAAAUCGUCGUAAUUGUAUCGAUUCGGCUAUUAUUUGCUACAAAAAUGCAACAUCUGUCGAAAAGGCUUUGGCUUCCAAAACUUUCCCUGCUCCCACUGAGGAGAACAAAGACGCCACCAAGGAGAUAACUGUUAACAAGUAUGAUGGUCCUCUUGUUAUUCGUCCUUCUCUGAAGCGCAAGCUACAGAACCCUGAUGGAACUCCGAUAGAUGUGGAACAACGUACCAAGGAUCAGAAGAGCGUAUUGGAGAAACUUCAAAAUUUCCAUCCAAUCUUUGUGGGUAAUGUACCAAUGCAUUGUCCCCCGCUGGAUUUGAAGCGUUACUUCGCUCAGGCUGGACCGAUCAAAUUCAUGUUUUCACCGCAAAUUUUAACAUAUCGCGCCAGCGCUCCUCACCCAGUCAAAACUUUCUUGAUUUACUAUCAAACCAGCGCCCAUGCCACCCAAGCUUGCAAAUUUUUGGAUCACAAAUUUUUCGGCGGACAUCGUUUACACGUAGUUAAGCUACGCCGUGAACAAAACUUCAAUGAACAGAAGACGGUUAAAGUUACGAAAAUUCCUCAUUUGUCCGAGGAUGCUUUGUUCAAGAAGAUCAAACCCUUCGUUGGCAAGAUCAAUCGGAUAGUCAAGAAAAAUCGCUUGGCUGCUUAUGUGGAGUUCAACGAUCCAGCUGAUGUCGAAAAAUUCCUCAAACCAGAUACUCCUGACCAUCCUCUUCCGAAGGCCAAGUUUGAACUUGUCAAGGGAACUGUCAGUGUUCGUUUGUACAAUGAAGACGAUCCUCGAGUCCUGAACGGCAUCGCCAAGAUUGUGGCCAAGAAUCCAGAGAUGUUAUCCGAGACUACUCCCAUUGUCAAACGUCCCCGAAUGCAAGGACCUGGUGGUUUUAAUCGAGGCCCUGGUGGCUACAAUAGCAAUAACAAUAUGAACAAUCCUCAAGCUAUCCAAGAUUUGCUACGUCUUGCAUUCAUGUCUGGUAAGAACGUCGGCGAAAGUCUGGCAUCUAAUCAGGGUUCGUUUAAUUCUGAUCCACCACUCAAUAAUUUUGGAGAUGGUGGUUUCCGAAAUAACCGCAACAACCAAGGCGGUCAAAACAACUUCCGUUCUCAGGGAAGAAACCCGAACCAGAACCAAAACCAAAAUCGUGCCAACAAUAGUUUUGGCAACAAUAACAAUGCAGGGGGAAAUAAUUUCCAGAAUCGUGGUCAGAACAACUCGUUUAAUCAAAAUCGUGGCAAUCAGCCUAACAACCAGAACAACCAGCAGCAGAAUCGUGGCCUGAACCUUAAUCAGGGUCAAAAUCGCAUGCAGCAAAAUAAUCCAGGACAAAAUCAGAAUAGAAACAACAUCGGUAGUGGUAACAAUUUGAACCGCAACCAAAACCAAAAUCAAAAUAAUCAAAAUCGUAACCAAAACCGCAACUUCGACAAUGACUCUUUCAGCGGUGGUAAUAACUUUGGCAAUAAUCGCAACAACAAUUUUGCCAACGACAAUUUUACCAAUGAUAAUUUUGGUAACAACUUUUCCAAUGAUAGUUUUGGUAACAAUCGCAACAACAAUUUCGGUGGUGGUAACAACCGCACCCAGAACGAUAAUUCUGGCUUUAACAAUUCAUUUGGCAACAAGAACAACACUGGCGGUAAUAACAGGUUCGGUGGCAAUAAUGAUGGUCAGUUUAACAGUUUCAACCGCAAUCAAAAUAACUUCGAUGAUAACAAUAGUUUCGGAAAUAAUCAGAAAAAUAAUUUUGCACAGAACCGUCAAAAUAAACCAUUUAAUAACAACAGCGGCAAUAACCAGGGAGGCGGCGGCGGUGGAUCUUUCAAUGAUUUUAAUAAUACCAACCGCAAUAAUUCUGGCGGCUUUAACUCCGGUAAUAAUACCGGAGGUAAUAAAUGGAACAACAAUUCCAACUCUCAACAAACCAAUACUGGCAGUCGCCUCGCUGGUAGCAUUUUUAGCCGUCGAUUUUAAAUGUGUGUGACUGCAAUUUUCUUUGAAAAAAUGAUGAUUACAAGAGAUUAUAUUCUUGUAUAAGAAGGCAGAAGUCCACUUCUUUUCUUGGUGAAUAACCAGGAAUGAUAACUUUGCGGGAAGGAGGACGUUUAGGAUUUAGGAAGAACAAACUAAUGUAAAAUAUUUUAAGUGUAUUUGAAUCCACAUUAUAUCGAUUUAAUUUACCAGGAGACAAUUUAAAAUAAAUUUAACUCAUCAACAACAUUAAGAUUAUAUUUUGUGGAUUUUUUUUAAGUCUUGCAUUAAAAAGACCUUCCCAAACUAUGAUGAAAUAAAAAUAUUUGGUUCAUAGCGAUUCACCUUUUCAUAAUUACAACAACAAAAUAUAAAACAAUUACAAGUUAAGAAAACUAAACAAGAAACUGCAGUAGUAUUUAUAUUUUAAUAAAAAGGCUAAACUAAUUUGAUCUUUGUUUUUUUUUAUUAGAAACCGUGAAAUGAGUAGCUUCAUUCGGGUUAGGAAUAUUGCUUCAAAUUUGACAAAAUAGAAUCGUACAUUAACGAACAGUUCACCUAGUGGUGAUGUUCAUAAGAAAUAAUCCAAUAAUAGUCUAGUUGGAAAAUGUACUCUUUAGAUUGCUUGACGAGAGCUGAUCAUAAUUUGAAAUCAUUCUGUAUUACAACAUAUGCUGAAAUUUAAGUCGCAUUUAUAUGCGACAUAAGUGUUCUGUCAUACACAUAAGAUCUAAACAUAAAACAUAACUUUAGUGUGAAUCAAAUAAAUCGUGAAACACUGAAUAAAAGUAAAAAAAAAUGGUUUUUCUUCGAUAAUUUUUUCCACUAAUUGUAGUUUUACAUUAUUUGAAUGCAAAAACAUUCUGUAUUAACGAUGGUGCAUUGGAAAUUGAAAUUUAGAAAGCUUCUGUUUAAAAAUUUUGUGUAGAGUUUUUGCAGUCUUUGGUUUAAGAUUUUCGUUUAUCCGAAAUCUUGGAUUUAAGUUGGUUGUGUCUUUUUGCCAUUUUAUACAUUGAACUUUCAUUCUGCUCAGCGAAAUUCAGUUUUCAUGAAAUGUACACCAUUUGGUUUGAUCUUCGGAAAAGCGAUGCUUUUCGAAACUUGUUUCGUCUGUUUUGAAAGAAAAUACCUUGCCAUUGCUGCGUCUGUUUCAUGUUCUAGAAUAGUAUGUAAUGAGAAAAUCAACAACUUGAUGUUGGUAGUUACGAAUAAAACAUGAUGAACAUUUUAGUUUGUUUUAAGUAUAAAGAAAAUAAUGUUUGUUGGCUAUAACCACAUUCACAAUGCGCUUUUGUUUUGUUGACUUGAAAAUUACAUCUAUGGUUAUGUUAUAAGAAAAAUAAUAAUUAUAAAUAAGCACUUAAAAAAAAAAUUAAACAUCAGUGAAGUCCUGAAAACUGAAAAAUAACAAAAGAUAACAAACUUUCUACCUACAUCUUUUACCACAAUUAAUAGUGGUUAACAAAUUUGUUAGAAGAGUUUAUGAUUCAAAAUAAUCUUUAACCCUUUAUUCAAUUGGUUCGUUGAAAGUUAAGUUUUAUUUUACUUUAACUUAUUGGCUUAUUGGUGAGAAGAGAUGUCCUAUUUAGUAGGGAUAUCUUAGGAUUAUGAAAUUUAAUAGAUGGAUAGAACGUUACACUCAGAAAAAUACUAUUAUGUCUAUCAUAAGAUUCUCUUAUAAAGUGGCGCCAUAAGAAAAAUCUAUGAAAUUCACAAGAUUGUCUUAUGAAGCGAAUGAAUUCUUCAGAUGAACACCUGCUUCAAUGAGAGGUUGUUACUUUUCAUAAGAGGGUCUUAUGGAAACAGAAAAUGUUAGCUUUAAUGAGAAAAUUUCGAGAUAAUUAUUGAUGUUAAAAACAUUCAAUCUAUUUUCUGGGUUAUUUGUUACAUAUUACUUCAUGAUAACUAUGAGCAGCACAUCAACGCUCGAUUCUAACAGUCAUUCCGCCGCACCCCGUCCCCUUAUCCUUUCCGCCGGCGAACAUGCUGAAAGAAAACAAAAAAUCCUGUAUAAGUUUACAAAUAAUUUAACGCUCACAAAAAAUAAACUUACCCUUUAAAAUAACAAAUUCACUUAUAACUUUAAAAACAAAACUAGUGGCUCCACAACAGGUUAGUACUUAGUAUGUUGACGAAAAAAUGACUGAAUGAAUGUGUUCAUUGUAUUUUCACAAUGCUACUUCUUCUAUUUUUCAUAAGAACUUCGUAUGAAAAUUGAAAGAAUUUCAUAAGACUCUUAUGAAAAAUUAUUUUGGACGCAAAAAAGUGGUUCAUAAGACGCCUCUUAUGAAAUUUAUAAUAAGAUUUCCUCUGAGUGUAGAUAAAAUGAAAGAUAGUGGAAAUGAACGGGUAGAAUUUUAUUUAGAAGCAUGGCCAACUACUAUGAAGUGGUAGAUACAGAUAGGGCCCUAUUACAUAACACGAGUCAUUCUACUCGAGUGAGCCAUUUUAGUAUUACAGUAGUCGAGUCGAGUCGAACUUCAGUCGAGUAUUUCGACUGACUGACAUCCAAUUUAAUUCGAUCAGUUUCACUCGAAAGAUUGCAGUGGAGAGUGAAUUCUUUGCAUUUGGAACGGUAAUGAUCAAAAUUCCACAACUGCUUAACAAUUAGCACAUUCUAACUCUCUCUGAGCACCGGUUUCUCUCAUUUUAACUUAAACUUUCUAAUUCUCUCUAACGAAUUGCCACAAAUUUAAUCAUUGGCUGCCAAAUUUGUUUGGUCAUUGACGAUGAUUCCCCGUUUAUCUCAGUCCCCUGGUUUCACUCGACUACCGUAAUACGACAUUCCGCUCGACUCGACAGUGACUGGAGUCGAGUCUAGUUACUCGACUCGUUUUAUGUAAUUGGGCCCAUAGAGUUGCAUCCACCAUCACACAUAAGUAGGCCAAGCGUGGCUCGCCCAACAAACGGGAAAACUUGAAGAGCGAAUGAACGAAAAGAUGAUACAGUGAGCGAAUUAAGAAUGACACCACUAUGUAUUUAGCUUGUUAAAAUGUGAAUGAUUGAAAAUUACGAAAAUUUUCUUCCACAGUUUGUUCUGAAUUGCUUAACGGAUAAAUUAAGCAUAAGUUUACUUUUUUUUUGAACGAAGCAAUUGGCGUUGAGGACCAAAAAUGUGAAAAAAGGGGUGCGAAAUAAGAAUAGUACCACUUGGGUUUUUCAACAAAAACAAGAUUGUUUUAAAAAUUUACUGUGUAAAGUGAAUAAUAUUGCUUCUACGAAUUACUUGAAUAGAUAACUGCAUUUUAAGGAGUUUUACAGAAUUCCUAAGGUUAUCAAAUGUAUUAUAAAGGGGUUUUAAAAGAUGCUCCUCUAGCGUUAAGGAAUUUGAUAUUUGAGCAGUAAUUCUUUACCAAACUACUUACUUUCUUUAUUAAAAUGACGUGAUAUGAUGAAACAAAGAUUCGGGAUUAAUUUUGAAUCAGAAAAAAUAGGUUCGAAAUAAAAAACUUUGAUUUUGUGCAAUAAACCACACUUUUUCCAGUUUCAAGUCGUAGAUGGUAGAACUAUCUUGCAGUUAAAACCAAAUUUAGUCUCAAUAUUGGUUUUACAGGUUUAUUUAGGCCCAUAUUCAUCAUUUUGAGGUAUUUUCCCAUCACAGUUUUGUGGAAGUUCACGCUGCAGAAAGCUUUUUCGGAUUUGCAAAAGAAUCCCCAGCACAAAAAUGUACAACCGCCAAAAUUCCUGCUCAUCACAACUUCCGAUUCAAUUGCAAAUCAUACCAAUAAUACUGCUAGCCGUCUGGUCCAUCAAGUUCCAUCGCAAAGUAUAACUUUAUUCUGAUAAUCGGUCCAAAAAAUUCACUUUUAGUGACCUUGAUGCAAUUCUAUUUUUUGGAUUUAGUGAUCUUAGAAUUUUCAAGCGUUCACCUGGUACAUGUAUUUAUUUCUUGACCAAAAUCAUCCAGCACUCCCUAAUUAAUCUCGGAUAUUCGAAAAUGGGCAUGAAUUUGGUUAAAUGGCAAAUGACUAUUAAAAAAAAUAGUAUUUUUGAAUUCCAACCUGCUUUUUGGAUUCAAACUUAGCCUCAAAUCUAUGUUUCAUCAUUUUGCAUCAUACUUAUGAAUGUUAAUGGAAUUUUGGAAAUUCUGGAAAACUUCUUAAAUGCAGUUAUCUAUUCAAAUAAUUCGUGAAGCAUUAUUAUUAUUCACUUUCACACAGGAAAUUUUUAAAAACAAUCUUGUUUUUGUUGAAAACCCCAAGUGGUGCUAUUCUUAUUUCGCACCCCUUUUUCACAUUUUUGGCCCUCAACGCCAAUUGCUUCGUCCAAAAAAAGUAAACUUUUGCUUGAUUUAUCCGCUAAGCAAUUCAGGACAAAUUGUGGAAGAAAAUUUUCGCAAUUUUCAAUCAUUCAUAUUUUAACAAGCAAAACACAUAGUGGUGCUAUUCUUAUUUCGCUCACUGUAUGCGAUCGUGAUAUCAACAUUCUUUCCCAGUCAAUAUUAAAGAUUCGCAGAUUUUUUUUUAUUAAAGGUUAUCAAAAUAAAUAUAUUGAGAACAUUUGUUAAAAGUAUUCAUUAUUGUUCUCUAAUUUCGAAUGUUUCAGUAUACAAACCUACAAAAAACAAGUUUUGUUAGAUAGGUAAAAUUCUGUUCAAGAUAAUGAGAUCGAUUCAAAUCGUAUUCAUUCAUUUUUUUUUAAUAAAAUUUGAUGACGUACACAGUCAAAUGGAACUAUGAAGAAAUAAUAAAGGUACACUUUUCUCAUCAAGAUUCGUUGUUAUAUCAUAAAUGAGAUUUGCGACUGCGGUUCAAAAAAAUAAUAUUAAAAACCAUUUUCUUAGGAGUGUAGUCUCGUCUUCGAUCUAAUGACAUAACAAUUUUUAUAAAUAUGAUAAAAAUUAACUUACAUAAGUAUUUCGUUUUAUUUCGCAAUUUUGAGUGGGUAGUAACUCCAGAUUUUGUAACAGAUUCAGACUAAACUCUUCAGCAAAAAUUUCAACCUCAAAAUUAGUAUUCAAGACAUAGUGAAGGCAAUUUAAGUUAAGACCUAGCGAAUGCCGAAUGCUUGAAUCACUCAAAUUUCUACUGAAGUCUGAUUAGCGCAUUGUGGAAUAAUUUCAACUAAACGUGUUCAGAAGUUAUCAGAUUUUUGUUUUAAUCUUGCCGCAUUUUUAGAAGGAAUUGUGGAUUAAAAAAUUGUUUUUGGAACUUCAUAUCUUAUAUACAACAAACAAGAUUUUUUUUAUGUUCUUAUUAAGUCUACUUAAUCUGAUAGUACUGGAAUGUUUUUUUUCUGUAAUUAUUUAUUUUUCGGUUUAAUUUUGUAGCUUAACCACCAUUUAACAAUUAAACAAGAAUGAUUGAACUCUUAUUUUAAAAUUCAACUUUUAGUAUAUUCAGUAUUCCUAACGGCAUUCUACCUGAUGACAUCAUGCCGUCUAGGGAUUAUUUCCAAUAUUGUGUUGAAAAAAAAUUUUCACAUCUUAUAAAUGCAGAUUAACUCAAGAUUUGAUCUUUUCUAGCCGAAGUGCCGAGGAGUUUCGUUGCGUGUUGCGUGGUGAUAUGUUCAAUGCAUACAGUGUAAGUUAAUUUAGUUAUAAGGUGUUAAUUGUAAGCGUUGAAUCAUUCGAUGCAAAUAAAUCAAUCAAUCAUAACCGACUGUUUCUAAGAGAACAAGAAUAUGAGAAAUUCUUCGUUAAUUGUUUCCAUCAUCGUUGAUCCUGUCGCGGGGGCUUCUGUUGGUCUAGUGUUUGUUUUGCGUUGUUGGUACUAGAUUUUUGGUGCCCCUUUGAUUUAGUUCCGCAACAGCAGUUCAAACAUGUAUGUGUUUUUACAACUAGUUUUAAUUGUUGUUUUCUACUCAGACACCUUCGAUGACGAAAGAUAUUAUCAGACGAUUACACCAACGCCCGCACUAGCGGUUCCAGCGACUAUUCAAGCCGUUACUCCGGCCACAGCUGCUACCACUGUAAUAGCCAAUGAUAAUACUUUCCAAUCAGAGUACAUUCCUGUGCCAAGAGAUGAGCGUUAUGAUUUCCCAUCAAUAAUGACUCGUGAUACUCGAAUGUAUGACACCGGUUUGGACAGCACUCUAUCGAAUCCGGUUCCUUUAUACCGAGACGAGCGUCAUUACUAUCCCGUGAGUACGAUCACGAGCUCCUACCUACUGGAUAAUCGACAGUACGAACAGGCGAUCAAUUCCCCGCCAAUGAUGCAUGAUCGUCUGUAUCAACCUGCGACACAUACUAUUACGAGCGGAAUGUUGUACAACGAACGGCACUAUGAAGCCACUAAUCCGAUCGGAAGCCUUUCAAAUCUCGUGACUGCAGGCGAAUGCCAUGGUGUAGAGAUGAUGUUACGUCAGCAAGACGCUGCAGUGGCCGCUGUUGCUGCCUCAGCCAUGGAACACGGUGCUAGUGAAGUUUCGUGGGGUAGAGCGGAAAUGGAACGGCAAGAUGAGAUCGAUCGGCAAUAUCUGGUGCUCUUACCUCGUGAAGAUAAAAUAGAACCACAAGAUGAACUAUAAACAGGAAAACAUGAUUAAAGUUACUAAUUCACACUUAGAGUUACCGUUAUGGAACUAGAUCAAAAAUAUUCAAUCAAAAUUGCUAUACUCAUCCAUCUGUUGCUUAAUGCCUUAUCAAAACAAAUACAAUUACAUGUACGAAAUUCAUAGCAUACAAGAAAGAAAAAAAUGUUUGAAAAAAGCAACGAUAAAGACCUAAACAAAUUUGCUAGUUUCCUAAAAUGUAGGAAUAAUUAGGCUUUAAUAUACAUACUGUAAACAAGUUAUACAACGUGGUAAAGGUCAGUGAUUUUAGAUGCCGAUUAAAUACCAAUAAAACGAGCAAAAAUAUUCUAAACACGAUUUAGCGAACAUUUAUAUAAUUUAACGUAUUCUAACGAUCUACACUUACAAGCGUUUAUACGUUGUUUUUUUUAGAUUUUUAUUGGUUUUGCCGGAGUUGGAUAAAUAAAAGGAAGAGCGAGAGUGACAAUAAAUUAUAAAUAGCGUUCAACUCUAAUGCAAGUAACACAUUACCAAAAUAGUGAAUUAUUAGUAGAAUGUUGUAUUACAAAACUGAAGACACAAUUACUUCCCUGUAUAGAAAAAAAACCCACGCAAUGGGUUAUUAAAAUAUUGAAAAAAAUUUGGUAAAAAUCCAACAACAUUACUCUCGUUACGGUAGAAAAUAAUCCCUUAAAUUUGUAUUCGAAACAAUAACUGGCCUUACAAAUAUUUAUUAUAUUUACACCAAAUAAAAAUUGAAUAUUUAAAACAUAAAUUAAACGGUAAAUAACCUUGUAAAUAUAAUCCGAUGGACAUUGUUCCUAGAAGAUCGCGUAUUUUUGACGAUACUAAAAGAAUGGUAAUGCGAUGGAUAAGUUUUAAUUGUAGCUGUGUUUUGAGAUACACACGGGACUAUUAUUGUAGAUAGAUUCGAGUGGUGUUUGCGAUUUUCGUUGUCUUAUCUUCGAAUUUCAUCCUAAAUUGUUUGUCAGUAUGAGAAAAAAAGUAAAACUAGAACCAAUCAAAAUGACAAAAGCAAUAUGACGACGUACAAAAAAUAUUUCAAUAAUUUGAAGGAAAAGUGAGCUGUUCAUCAUGUUAAUCAUCAACAAGCGAUUGCUACAAUACGGAAUUUCGCUCCAUACAAAGACUAGGAUGCACAUUUCAUGACCCUUUUAUAUGAAAAAUAAGCAAGCAGCGUGAAAUGUGCGGAAAAAUAGCGUUGAGGGUACUCAGCUGGAGGAAUAUUUGCUUCAAUUUUUGUCAAAUUUUUGCUUCAACGGUUUUGUUUUGUUACAAAACCGAAGUUCAACCGAAAUAUUAGGAAAAUGAAAAAAAAAGCAAUUUGUCUAUGACCGGACACCAUAUUGUUUUCUAUGACCGAACAAGAAAAUAUUUAAAAUUAAACGAGAUUUCAACUUGAAACUUUCAUUUUUUAAUCUCUAUAGCACCAUCAAAUGGUUAUCAGCAGAUAAAGCUUCGAGAACUAAAAUAUGUGACCUAGUCCUCUGAGAAACUUCGAAUUUUGCUGUCCGAUUAUAGACAUUUUUUCUAGUUUUUCGAAACAAAUGUUUCAUUCUGGUUUGUCAAAAAACUUACAUGAAAGUGUCCAUAGACUGUUGAAUAUUCCAAAAACCCAUAUUCACAGACCUGUGCUAGUGAUUUGAGUCAUUUUGCUACGUUUUUGUGCAUUGGUGACAACUGAGUAGUGUCCGGCCAUAGACUUGGAAAUGAGUGAACAUGGAAUGAAAUGAUUUCUCUUACUACAUGAAUUUACAAAAAUAUAUUUUUAAAGUUAUUGCUGAAACACCUUAAGUGUCCGGUAGUAGACAAGUUCCCUCUACAUAAUCGUGGGUUGGGCAGAAAUAUUAUGAAAGCGCUUAAGAGAAUUUAAGAUUCGGGGCUACCGAUUGGUUCAAUGCCAUACGUUAGGCCUUGAAAUGCUGAAGUGAAGCCAUGCCAUGUCUAGCAUGGAAAAAUAACGUCAAACAAAUGCAGAACACAUAAUCUUAUAGUUAUUCGGGGACCUACCCAACUUCAGUCCUUCGACAGUGCUUCGAAAGUUCAGCAAGGGCAAACAUUGCAUGCAAGAUAUGUCGCUAUUUUGAGCAAACAGCAUUUCAUUGCAUAUUUGCUACAGCGAUUGUUUUAAAAUGUGUUUAAGUCGUUUAUCAAUUUUUAUUUGAACAGUGAAACAUUGUUUUGAUUCUAUGGAGAGUUAAUCUUAUAUUUUCGUCUGUGAAGAAUAGUUUUAAGGCUUUUAAAAGAUCUUGCAUGCGGUCUCAGUACUAAACUCAGUUUUACAUUUCAUAUAAUAUCAAGCUUGAACUGGGGCAAUUGAAAUUCAACAUCAAAAGACAAUUACUCGUGAAUCAUUUUGAUAUAUUUUCCUGUAAAGUAAGACAAACCUUUAACGAUUAAAUCAUGAUAUUAUUUGUUUUUUUUUUUAAACUUUGCUGUAAAUAUUUGACAUUGUAAAAAAAUGACAUCUGUAGGUAAUUUUGUUUAAAACAGUAAUUUUUGUCUAUAAUUGUACAUGGACAAAUAAUGUUUCUUAAAUUUGAAAAGUAAACCAAACAUUUUUUUUAGAAUCAAAUUAAUCGCGGGUAGUCUUGUUCGAACAAAAAAAAACAA